UUAGAGAGAAUGUCCACCAGCGAGCUUGCCUGCACAUAUGCCGCUCUAAUCCUCCACGAUGAUGGGAUUGACAUCACCGCCGAGAAGAUAUCAAAGCUGGUGAAAGCAGCCAACGUGAAUGUUGAAUCAUACUGGCCUAGCCUCUUUGCUAAGCUAUGUGCGAAGAAGAAUAUUGACGAUCUCAUCAUGAAUGUUGGAGCCAGUGGUGGUGGUGAGGCAGCUCCGGUUGCAACCAACGUUCCUCCAACUGCUCAAGCAGCUCCAGCAGUUGAGGAGACAAAGAAGAAGAAGGAGGAGGUGAAGGAAGAGAGUGAAGAUGACAUGGUAUUCGGAUUGUUUGACUAG